ACCGCAAAAUACCAAUACCGCCAACAUGUUCCUCCGCCGCGCCGCCCCGGCGCUCGCCAAACGUGCCAUCUUCCGCCCGACCGUCACUCGCUCAUUCGCACUCUCCGCACGCCGAACUUCCAAUGGCGACCCAAAGCCCGGCGAGUCUUCGAACCUGCUCAAACCUCUCGACGACAUCAAGAGCGAGCACGAUCUCCUGCCACCGGGUGCUAAGCCAGGUACCAUGCCCACCGAUCUCGAGCAGGCCACCGGUCUCGAGCGUCUAGAAAUCCUCGGAAAGAUGCAAGGAGUGGACGUCUUCGACAUGAAGCCAUUGGAUGCUUCUCGCAAGGGAACACUCGAGGAUCCCAUCACUGUCAAGUCCUUCGGCGACGAGCAAUACCUCGGCUGCACCGGUUACCCCGUCGACACGCACGUUGUCAUCUGGCUCACCACUUCCCGCGAGCGCCCGGUCGAGCGCUGCCCAGAGUGCGGCAGUGUGUACAAGAUGGAGUACGUUGGACCACAAGAUGACGGCCAUGGACACGAUCACGGCCACGGCCAUGAUGAGCACGUGUACGAGGAGCCAAAGACCAUGGCGGAUUUCGUCAAGCCUGAGUACAGAUAGAGCAUUGAAGAUUUGGGGAGCAUGUACAGAAACGCAGGCGUGAAGAGGAGACUGGAGACAGAAGGCAGUCUUGUAACAUACAGUGCAGCAGCAGUGGGUAGCUGUGCUGAAUGACAGUUUGCGAAUACACCAAUCGGAUUCCUCGCC